AUCAUUUGUGUAAUGUCUUCAAGGGCAGCAGCUGUUUUCUGAGUGAUUGAUAUUCAAACCAGUAACAUACUAGGGCGAAUGGUAGGCAUAUCUUGCACGGCGUAUCCUUCUGCAAACGUCACGGCGCGGAAAUUCAAAUUUGAACAGCAGUGUGGCAAGAAGAAGAAUACGAAGUCUCUUUGCUGUUUGUUCAAAGUAUUAGUAAUCAUUUUAUUUUUGUAGCCGUUUAGACUUUGAAGAAUAGGAUGGAUCCUUUCACGGAGAAACUACUGGAACGCACUCGUGCCCGGAGGGAGAAUUUGCAGAAGAAGAUGGCUGAAAGGCCCACUGCUGCCACUAAAACACUAAUGCAACCAAAGAGGACCAGAGAACCUCUGUUGGAGGCAAUCAAUCAACCACUCCAACCCGUUGAAGAAAAAAAGGAUACAAAUCCAUCUCCAUCAAAACGAAGAUGCUCUGGAAAUAAGGACACUUCAGCUGGUUGUACAGAGAACAAGCAACCGGGUGGUGUACCUGAUACAACAGUAGCUGCUCCAGAACUGCUUAGAGAAUCACCUGCAGCUCGGACAACUUCAGCUACCCUAGCUUACUCUCUUCCAUCUUCUAAUGGAGAAGAACACUGCACAAAUGUAGGAGUGGCUGCUUCCUCUGUCAAAUCUCGUAUGCAAAAAUUAGUAGAACAGCGUCGUUACUGGGAUAAUGGUAAGGUCAUUUUGCAUUCAUUUUUGCUUUUGGGGAUGAAUUGA